AUGAAGGCAGCCAGCUUUAUAGCAGCAUGCUUUGCAGCGCAAGCAGGUGCUGCAGCGACAAAGCGUAGUAACACUGCACUAUCUCCAAAUGCUCAAGAUCUCUUCGACUGGUCCAUGCACAUCCAAGAUAACCGCUACGAUGCAUCAUACAACUUUAUCCAGUACUCUGAUAAAGGACCAUGGUCCGUUCGGUUCACAGCUUGGUAUGUGGCCGGACUGCUGCAUAGGAACCAGGGAGACGAUGUAAAGCACGCAGAAGCUUCUAUCAGAAACAUACUGGCUUGUCAAAUGACCGACGAUUUCGACGCCCCAUGGUACGGAACAUACAAGCUAUCUCCUGAUCAACCCGACCCAACGCCAGAUUCUGGUUUAUACCCACCAAAGAUAUACACGACAUACGACCCCAACUGGCGCGACUUCAUCGGCACCCAGCUCAUCCAAAUUCUCUCCGAGUUUCCGCACCUCCUCUCCGCGCCCCUAGUUACGUCCAUCGAAGACAGCCUCGAAAUCGCCGCUGUGGGUAGCAUGCGCCGAAAUGGGUCUUACCCCACCGAAGACGACAAUCUAACAAUUGGUUAUACAAACCCAGCUAUGAUGCGCGCUCUACUCUGCGAAUUCAUCGGUACAAGACGGUCUAACAGCACCUUCUCAUCUUUCGCCGAAGACCAAGGAAAGAAGAUACUAGCGCUCUUCCAAAGAGAAGGCGCGGAGACAUUGAGCGAGUAUAACGCGCCGACAUAUUAUGGUAUCGAUGUCUGGGCUCUAGGAGCGCAGAUAAAAUACGGUGGUAGUAACUCGAGUAUGACCGCUGCUGCUCACUACAUUCUGCCUAGGAUGAUGGGCGAUUUGGCGGAACAUUAUAAUGGAUAUUUGGGGAAUGUGGUGGGCCCGUACGAUAGGGCGUAUACGAGGGAUAUCACGCAGCAUUCUGCUGUUUUGUCGUUGGUGCUGUGGGGGCUUUGGGGACAGGAUAGGACGACACAGCCGAAAAAGAUGGAGGGUGAUUUGUUGUAUGAUGUUGCGCAGGGGGCGGCUAUUGCACUUGUUCUUGACAGCGUGAAAUCGCUGCUGCCUGUGGGUAUGGAAGAGGCGUUUACGACAAGAGACUUUACGGGAGAGCCGAGGUGGCUGAAUCGAACGGUUUACGACGAUCUUGAUGGGGGAGAGGCGAGGAUUGCGACAAGUUGGAUCAGUAAGGAGUUGAUGAUCGGUGGACAACAAUUGGAUGAAGAGGAAAACAGAGGGGAUCAAUUUGUUCCGGCUCUUGUUCACUGGGCGGGAGACAAGGACCAUAAGCCUUUUCCGCUUAGCACCUUCUUCUCCCUCUAUCCGUCCGCAUCUUCGAUCCACGCGGUCGCCUCACCGAACCAUCUUUCCGUCAGCUACCCCAACCGAACACAAGAGGGAAGCGAUAUCUUCACGUUUGCGCUGUCAAACGUACCACCGAGUUGGACAUUGGGGACCGGAAGACGGAUAACAGGGUUUGAAGAUUUGCCAUGUGUCGAGAUUGAGGUUGAGGCCGAAGGGUUGGUGAAGCAGAACGUGACGUAUGGUACGGCACUGAGGAACCACUUGUUUUACAAUGUUUCCUAUGUGGUUCCUGAGGAGUUUGAGGGCGUGCCGAGAGUGGAAAUGAACAUCAAGUAUACGUGCUAG